AGCCGCCGGCAGCGGCAACAGGUCCGUGCCCGCUCCUCCCUCCCCUCCGCCUGCCAGGCGAACAAAGGGGCUGAGCGCGGCCCCGCGCCCGCCCGGCCCCUCCGCCAGCUCGGCCCCUGCGCUUCAGCCAUUUGCCUCGCCUGGCAUCGCCCCGCCGCUCUCUCCCCGCCUCCCCGGCCUCCCCCGCCGGCUCCCGCGCCGUGGGCGAGGCGGCGGGGCCGCUGCGCUGCAGGAGCUGCCCCGGGCGGAGCGGGGCUCGGCGGCCGCUGGAGGAAGGGGAACAGGGAAUGGGCAUUUUGGUCAAUUCAUCACAAGUUUUAUAUGCUGCUCCUUCCAGAGAUCUCUCCCAUGGGAGGCGGUUCUCCAUGAACUUCUCCAGUGUGAGUCCUUCCCACAGGCUUCUAUUCUUCAUGAACUGUUCCAGUGGGGAAUGCAUAUAAGGAGCAGUGAUAAGAAGCAUACUUCGCAAAGGUCAUGCAAAGACGAACUUGACUAGUGGGAAAUCGUCUUCCAGAAUCGAUUGCAACUGCGGCCUUCCACUGACAAAGUUGCACAAGGUGAUGGCCGCCCCGCCGCGGCCGGCAGCGCUCCGCACGGGCUCGGCGCGGCGCCGCCAAAGGUAGCGCGGCUCCAUGGAGGGCUCCAUGGAGGGCAGCGCGGCCCCGGAGGAGGAGGAGAGCGGGGUCGCGAACGGGGCCCCCCCGCCGCCGCCGCCGCCCACCCCGGCCGCCCCCUGCGGCUUCAGCUCCUCCCUCUGCUUCAGCGCCGCCGCCGCCGAGCCGCAGCCGUCCGCGGCUGGCGGCCGGGUGGUGCAGAGCCAGUGGGAGAUCAACAACGCCGCCAGCCAGCCGGAGGAGGACGAUGAGGAGGUGGUGGGGCCGCGGGACCGGCCGGCGGAGGAGCCCGACCUUGUGAUCGAGGUGUCGGGGCGUCGCAUUCGGGCGCACAAGUCGGUGCUGGCGGCCAAGAGUGACUACUUUCGUGCCCGCGCCUCCCGGGACGUCCUGCGGGUGAAGGGAGUGAGCUACGGGGCGCUGCGGCUUCUCAUCGACUACGUGUACACGGCCCGCAUGGGAGAGGUGCGGCACGACAACCUGGCGGAGGUGGUGAGCGGCGCCCGCGUCCUGCAGAUGCCGUGUGCCCUGCACUGUGCCGCCGAGGCCAUGCGCGCCCAGCUCUGCCUCGGCAACUGCUACCAGCUCCUCUGCCUGGCCAAGAAGCAGCGGCUGGCGGAGCUGCGGGAGGCUGCCUAUCGCUUCAUGAGCGACCAUUACCUGGAGGUGCUGCGGGAGCCCAGCGUGUAUGGCCGCCUCAGCGGCACUGAGCGGGACCUCAUCCUGCAGCGGCGCAUGGAGGCCGGCCGGCCCUGCCUGCUGGUGGCCGAGGUCAGCGAUGCCUUCGAGCGGCCGGGUGGCGGCAGCCGGCCACAGAGCCGCGAAAGCAGCCGGCCGCAAAGCCCCUCCUCCGUGGUGUCCCUGGAGGAGAGUGGCUCCCUCAUCCACUGCUACCAGGAGGCCAGCGGCGAGUGGAGGGUGCUGACACGCCUGCCCGAGGAGGCCAAUGCCAAGGGCUGUGCCAUGUGUGUCCUGCACAACUACCUCUUCCUUGCAGGGGGUAUCGUGACAGGGCCGGCAGGCAGCGAGCCCAGGGCCCGCCUUUCCGACAAGGUCUUCUGCUACAACCCCCUCACUGACACCUGGAGCCAGGUGCGGCCGCUGGCCCAGCCCCGCUCGCAGCUCAAGCUGCUGGCCCUGGAUGGUUACCUGUACGCUGUGGGGGGUGAGUGCCUCUUCACUGUGGAGAGGUACGACCCGCGGGCCGACCGCUGGAGCCCUGUGGCACCUCUGCCCAAGGGUGCCUUCGCUGUGGCUCAUGAGGCCACCACUUGCAACGGGGAGAUCUAUGUGUCAGGAGGCUCCCUCUUCUACCGCCUGCUCAAGUAUGACCCCAAACGUGACGAGUGGCAGGAGUGCCCUUACAACAGCAGCCGCCGGCGCUCAGCAGACAUGGUAGCCUUCAAGAGCUUCAUCUACCGCUUUGACGUGAGCAGUGGCCGUGGUGGGGAGCCGGGCCCAGGUGUUGGGACUGCUGGUGGUGUCGAAGUUUUCCGGUACAACACAGUGGCCAAAUGCUGGAGCCAGUGUGCCAGCUUGCGGCCCAGCGGCGGCCCCAUCCAGCCCUUCCGCUGUGCCCCCUUGGGCAACACCAUCUACUGCGUCAACCGGACCGGCACCCUUCGCUUCAGCCUAGCCCAGGACGGCGAGGUGGAAGCAGAUGGUGGGCUCAAGGGCACUUUUGAUGGGGAGCUUCUCAAAGCUCCCUUGGAUGUCAAGGGUGUUCUCCUACCCUUUGUGCUUAUCCUGCCUGAGAGGCUGGACAAAGCAGGGGACCAGGAGGGCUCCCUCCCACUGUGAGGUGGUCAGCCUGGCUCUGGCUUCCUGAGAGGGGAGCUGGGUUGCAGCUGUGGGAGACCCACAAACUCCCACCUAACAGAGGGGAUUCACCCUGGUGAGUCUGCAGAGAAAAGGGGCUCCCCCUUUCCUCCUCUCUGCUCCCAAGAUUUUGAGCCGGUUGUAACUCUUCUCAUGUUUGCUGUGCUUUGUGUGAAAAGCCAAGCACAUGAAAGUAAAAGCUGCUAUAUUGGAUAAUCUCUGGAUUAUGUUUGUGCCAAUUCCCAAUCUGAGAAAAACGUUUUUACACCUGGAUAUCUAAAAUAUUCCUGACUACAGUGUCAUAAUGGGACGUUAGUAUUGGUUGUGUGUUUACACAUAGUUGCAAUCUGGGUUGGAGCUUUUUCUGCUAUUUGGGGUUUUUCCCUCUGGGAUGAUACCAGGGGAUAAACUGCUGGCAACAUAGUUUAGCUGAAUUUGUUUUUAUGUUAAACCAGCUAUUUCCUGUGUCAAAAAAGUAUAGGAGGAACAUCUUCAUCACAGCCUUUCAUUUCUGGUGCAAUAGAUGGUUUAAGGAAGAUGUGGCACUGUGUGGUCCCUGAAAUUUCAACCACAGAUGAUUUAACACAUACCAGACUUAAAGUUUUAAGUAACAGAAAUGAGUGCCACAUGUUUUACUUAGAAUACAAAAAAAACCCAAACAAGUUACCUUUUUAAAAUGUGGCAUAUUAUAGCACAUAUGAAAUGUUGAUGUGUUCUUUAUCUGAAAAAGGCAACGGUUUCUAUAUAAAAAGACGUUUUAUUGCUUUUUUUAAUCAGAGAUUUUAAAUUAUAACAAAAAUGAACUGAAGCUGUUCAGAUUGCAGCCAGUUGAUGUGACCAUGUAUGCCACUAGAGCUGGGGAAAAACUUUGUACUUCAGCUGCUCUUUAAUUAACAGCAGGUCAAGGAAGGUUAACCUAAACCAAAUGUAAGUUCUUUGAAACUGACUGCAAACAGCUUAAAUGUUUCACUGCAUGUUCAGUAUCCUGUGGCAAGAGGCUUUUCCAGCUUGGUUCAAGACCAUCAAAGGAGGACAUGGAAAAUAGGAAUGCGCGACACAUGGCGAUUAUAUUGUGCACUAGCAUGAUGUUACCUCCCUAUCUUUUGAUUGAGAGACUGCUUUAUUUAUUUUGAUCUCAUGAUUGCUGUAAUCAAUAAGUCCUUGUUAAUUGCAGUACGUGCUGAUGGCGUACUCUGUCAUUGUGAUUCUAAGCUGCCCAGGAGAGCUGUUUGUGGAGCAGCAUCCUAAUGAGACAAAACCAUACAAAGCUCCUUCUUGCCUGUGGAAAGUUGGAGUAUACUUUUUGUCAUGUUACUCAGAACUGGAAAAGAGUAUAUUGUCUACACAGACAGACUGUAUUGAAAAAGACACAUGCAUUUAUUUUAUACAUUUUAUAUUGCAAAAAAAAUCAGCAGGCAAGGCAAAUGUUUUAGCUUUAUGGUAAAUCACUGAGAAACCUUUUCUGAAAAAAGGAACCCAUGUUUUUGCUGGUACAUCACUGUAUACUCAGUGUGGAACUGGCAUGGACUGUGGAAGAGAAUUGUUUAUACUCAAAGUUCUUGUAUAGAUUCAUAUUUUAGAAAGACAUAGGGAUCUUACAUCAAAGAAAGCAGAUUUUUUUAUGUUUUAUUAAGAUGUUUUUGUUAAACGGGACUUUAGCCUUCUUAUAUGUAAUUGCUAGUUCCAAAGGAAGACAGCAGGCUCUGUCCUAAGAGACACCAUCUUUACAAAAGAGAGUAGUGAAGUUUGUAGAUACUUCUUUCCUUCACCUAAAUGUUCUUGUUUUGUUUUUUUUUUAUUUUUCUCCGUCUGUCUUGCACAGGGUUUUAACGCAGUUGAUCUGGUUAGCCAUGCUAUAGAAAACAGUGGUUCAGUCCUAGAAGUUCUUUGCCAAGUGAGCCUAUUCCCUAGUGAACUAAUUAAAGCAUCAGCCAGGCAGGAGCUGUAGGCCUGCAGAGUGGGAUGUUUGUCUUAGCCUCAGUAUAGGUUGGUGCCGUGGAAUUUAAUACCAUUCACAGAGUGUUGGAUUUACUUCUCAGACAAGAAUCCUUGGAAAUGUUGACUCUAAAUUAAAUUAUAGCAUUGUGGCUUGAGCAGGAAAGAAAAAGUAUGUGUUUGCCUUUGGCAUAAUUUUUAUGUUAACUAUAGAAAGUAUUUCAAGCUAGGUAGUGAAACACUUGGGUACAUACUUAAACUUAUCAUAAGUGCUAGGCCAGAUUUUGAAAUAGUAGAGUCACAGGAACACACACAAGGAAAUGUCUGUUUUAUCUUACAAUGCAUAACGAUUUCAUAGUUUCAAGUAUUAUGUAGUAUAGUUCCUAUACUACAGCAUAGCGAGGCAUUAAGCCAGCUUUUGCAUUCCUAUUAAUUAAGCAUUAAUUAAGCACUUAUAUUCCUGCUAAUGCAUGAAAAUGCUUUUAAAUGAGUUUUGGGAAGUCUCCAUGAUUUAAGCUGUGAAAAUAGCUGCAAACUUCCGUGAAAGAAUGAACCAUAUCCUUUCUUCCAGUAUUUGUUGUUGUGCACUAUGAAGAAAGACAUUUAGAAAUAAGUUCUACAGUAAUAAGCAUUCAAUGAACCUGCAAUGAUUUGUAUUUUUGCUAGUUCCUAUUUUUAGAAAAGGUUGAAUCAAGUGCUUACCCGCUUUCACUGUUUACACAGUGUCACUGGGGGCAGUCUGGGCUUCAUUAGCAGCUGUCUAUCAAACCUGUUUCCUUUGUACACUCUGCAUAGCCACAGCCCGAUGAUUGACAGCAGAGGUAUGUUUGUAACCAGAUUUCCUACUCUGUGGCCUCUGUUUCCUCCCUGGUAAGCAUGAGGCAGGUUUACUGAGAGUUGUUUUUUCCCCCCAAUUACUUCUUCACCAAAACAACCCCCCGAAACUUGGGCACAAAAACCAAAAUUUAGGUAAUCUUCAGGCAUUUGAAGACCAAAAUUGUCAUCCCAGAACUCUCCAGUUUAAUUCAAACCUAGCCACAACUGUCCUUUUGACAUGCAGAGGUGCUGAGCAGUUCUUCUCCACCCACUUGGAACUGCCCAACUCAGUGGUUCCACACCUACCUUCUGACCACCUCAACUCCUUUGAAACUAGAUGAUGGGAUACCCAGAAGCCACUGAUCUAUUAGGGUUUUAUGGUACAAUAUAAAGGGCCAGGCCACCCUCAAGUGUCGUAUGUUUUGCUUUAAAGACAGAGCUGUUUUAUCUAGAGUAACCUGAAGGCUACUGUGUUUGCGUGGGAACAUGGAGAUCUGUGUGUGCUUUCUUAGCCUGCAAGCAUCUCCCAGUGCCUCAUCUCCACAUCUCCCAGUGCCUCAUUGUCAAUGGACUAAAGGACUUCUUGGAGCUUUCUUCUCCAUGAAUCUUCUAGUCCUCCCAUUUUAGUGGGACGUGCAGAAGAUUAUUUUUCUGAUCUAAUUUUUCAGGCAAAAAUUUUUCCUUCCUAGAGUACUCCUGUUUUCAAGGUCAUCUGCUUGAGGAUUUAGGCUUGAAUUCCCAUAAGCUGAGUAAGGGCUAAACUGAGGCCUUGCACUUCAUGUGUGUGUGCACACGCGUGUGCAUUCUCAAAACUAGAUGGCUGUUGAGAAGAAGGCUUUUUUCAGGGGUGAGCUUCUUGCAAAUCCUCCAAAAGCACACACAGGCUCCUGCACAUUGUAUUCUGGGUAUAUUCCAGGCUCCAGCUCUUGGAUGGGUAAAUCAGGACAGAUGUGGUAAAUGUUUGUACAAUUGGGCAAGUUUUCUUUGGAAAGCUUUUCCAGACAGGCUCUGUAUUUUGGGUUACCAGUCCAAGGUGAGCUACUUCAUGUACUGUACUGGGAGGCCAAGCAGGUAACUUGAAUUCUCAGGGGUACCGUCUCAGUAAAGAGGCAUGUAGUGCCUGACAUGGAAAUGCCUAAAACCUUCAUUGAAUCUAAAACUAAAUCCCAACUUCAAUAAAGAAAUGCUAAUAACAGAUGGAACUUUACUGAUUCCAUCUAUUAAGUAGUUCUGUAAAAAGAAAUCAUUACUUGCAGCAAAGGCACGUGUAAAAUUUCUGUUCAUAUUUGGAAACUAAGUCAAAAAAAUAAUUGGCAAAAGAAUAACCCUAUUUGAUCAAAACCAACACUGUUAAACAACAUGGGAAGGAUGCUAAUCAUACCCUAGUAAUUAAUAAAAUUGUGCAGUAGCUGAUGUAAAUUCUGUCCACAAAAAGUUUCUUUGUAAAUAAGUACCUGGUAAAAUUUAAAUUGCUAAAAGAAUAAAUUAUUCACAUGAAAGCCGUAACUCUCCUGUGCUGUUUGAUUGGCUCUCAGUGUUGUAUCCCAAUUACCACUGUUCAUGAGUGGCUAUUGCUUUUCCUGAUUUACAGUGUGCAUUCCAUUGACUGCUCCAUAGAUGUGUUACCCUUCAUUAUCACAAAGCUUAACAGCAGUGCUGGUGCUUUGUGUCUGGAGUGAUGUUUAAUGUUUUCUACUUGAAUGAACCCAGAAGAUUUAGACUGAAUCGUAUCUUUGGGCUUUUUUUUUUUCCCAUUAGUGUUGCCCCUGGGAAACUUAAGAAAGCACAAGAGGAAGUGGUGAUACUGUUGAGCAGUUGUAGUAACAAGGAUUUUAUUAAUUUCUUUUUUGUCUGUUAUUGUUCCAUGCACCAGAUUUGCACUGGGUGUAACAGAACAGCUCUGUGUGGCUAUUAUCAAUAUGAGUCUGAGUUCUGUUGUAGCAAAGUAUGUUUUUACAUAUUUGCUGCCUCAGCUCUUACUCCAAGGUAAUGUAAUGCAAGUUUGUAAUGGUUCCACACAUUUACUAGAUUACCGUAACUAUUCUGACUUCACAUUAUUGCUGCUAAAAGCAGAGAUUGACACACAAGCUCAGUAAAAUUCUGCACUCAGAACAUAUAAUCAGACCCUUUUCAUUUGCUUCGGCCUUUUGAAUGCUGAGAGCUGCUGGAAUGAACCCAUUGCUAUUAGGAAUCAGCAGGAUUACUGGUUUUGGCUGGGGUAGUUAAUUUUCCUCACGCUAGCUGUUAGGGGGCAGUGUUUUGGUUUUGUACUGAAAACAAGGAUGAUGAUACAGGGGUGUUUUUGUUAUUGCUGGGCAGCUCUCGCAGCAUCAAGGCCUUUUCUGGUCCUCACCCCACCCCACCAGUGAGGAGACUGGUGGUACACAAGGAGUUGUGAGCGGACACAUCUGGGACUGCUGAUUGCAACCGACCAAAGGGAUAUCCCAGGCUCAGCAUGUUGUCAUGCUCAGCGUAUGAAGUUGGGGGAAGAAGAAGGAAGUGGGAGACAUUCAGAGUGAUGGUAUUUGUCUUCCUGAGUCAUCACUAUGGAGCUAUGGGGCUUUCCCCCAGAAAGUUCUGCUUUCCUGGGGAUGGCUGAGCACCUGCCUGCCCAUGGGAAACAGUGAAUAAAUUCCUUGUUUUGCUUUGCUUGUGGCUGCAGCUUUUCCUUUACCUAUUAAACUGUCUGAAUCUCAACCCAUGAGUUUUCUCAUUUUCCCCCUUCUGAUUCUCUCCCCUAAACCACUGAGAGGAGUGAGUGGCUAUGUGGGGCUGAACUGCCAGCUGGCGUUAAACCACACCAUCAGGAUAUUUUGGAGACUGUCUAACUCAUAAAUUACUCAAUGGGAAGAAAUGGGGCUGUGAGACAGUGGGAUAGGAGGGAAGAGGUGAAUUCGGAGUCAAAAGUAUCUACUGUAUAUCUGGUUGAAACAAAUAGCAGGGAAGGGAAAACAGAAUUGGUACUUGAGACAGUGAUGACUACAGGGCCAGGGUUUUUUCCAAGUAUUUCUUGAACAGCCUGAACUUUUACCAAUUACAUUGGUAGUCUUAUAACAGUCUUAUAAUUUUACACCUGCAAUGCUUCUCAAAUCAUCACAAUAAACCAGCACAUAAGCUACCUUUUGCAGGAGGUUCUUGCUUUGCUUUUAAGCCUUAGUGGAUAAACCUUGGAGAAAUUUGUGAAAUCAUGAAAUAACAAUGUCAAUGCUACCACUUUCACCAUUAACUAAUGCAAAUGCUUUAGACACUGUUCACACUUCAGGUGAAUUAUGUGUGUAACUGAUGUAUUAAUAGUUUAAUUUUUGACGUAUAUAUAGGUAAAGCUUUUUAUGUACUCCAACUUAUGUUGUAAUGAAAUAAAUACUUAAAAAAACCA